AUGUCAACCUGCUCCAAGUCUAUAAAAUACCUGGGCGUGUAUUUAGGCUCAUCAUCAGCUGGACUUCAUCAAUCGCUAUUAAUAAGAUCUGAUAUACUCUCAUCAUCAGCUGUCUUCAUCAAUCGUUACCAGCCAUGGAAGAAAACAUCAACACCUCGUCAAGUUAUAAAAACAGGAACUUAUGGUACAAGAGGAUCCCGAGCCGAGAGGAGAGCGGACAGUAAUGACGGCUGCACUGCAGUGGCUCGGUUCGCACUGCACGCCACACCACACCACCUUACCGCUGCUCUCGAGAGGGCAUCUUGUACUGCAACGAGAGGCUGUAGAGCUGUUGUCGCAGUCAUUGCUGCUUCAAGAUACAGCUACCUCGAGGGGAUAAUUGCAAACGGAAUGGAGAGUACUGCACGCCACACCGGGUUACCACUGCUCUCGAGAGGGCAUCUUCUACCUCGAGGGGAUAAUUGCAAACGGAAUGGAGAGUACUGCACGCCACACCGGGUUACCACUGCUCUCGAGAGGGCAUUUUGUACUGCAACGAGAGGCUGCAGAGCUGUUGUCGCAGUCAUUGCUGCUUCAAGAUACAGCUACCUCGAGGGGAUAAUUGCAAACGGAAUGGAGAGUACUGCACGCCACAUCGGGAUACCACUGCUCUCGAGAGGGCAUCUUCUACCUCGAGGGGAUAAUUGCAAACGGAAUGGAGAGUACUGCACGCCACACCGGGUUACCACUGCUCUCGAGAGGGCAUCUUGUACUGCAACGAGAGGCUGCAGAGCUGUUGUCGCAGUCAUUGCUGCUUCAAGAUACAGCUACCUCGAGGGGAUAAUUGCAAACGGAAUUGAGAGUACUGCACGCCACACCGGGUUACCACUGCUCUCGAGAGGGCAUUUUCUACCUCGAGGGGAUAAUUGCAAACGGAAUGGAGAGUACUGCACGCCACACCGGGUUACCACUGCUCUCGAGAGGGCAUCUUGUACUGCAACGAGAGGCUGCAGAGCUGUUGUCGCAGUCAUUGCUGCUUCAAGAUACAGCUACCUCGAGGGGAUAAUUGCAAACGGAAUGGAGAGUACUGCACGCCACACCGGGUUACCACUGCUCUCGAGAGGGCAUCUUCUACCUCGAGGGGAUAAUUGCAAACGGAAUGGAGAGUACUGCACGCCACACCGGGUUACCACUGCUCUCGAGAGGGCAUUUUGUACUGCAACGAGAGGCUGCAGAGCUGUUGUCGCAGUCAUUGCUGCUUCAAGAUACAGCUACCUCGAGGGGAUAAUUGCAAACGGAAUGGAGAGUACUGCACGCCACACCGGGUUACCACUGCUCUCGAGAGGGCAUUUUCUACCUCGAGGGGAUAAUUGCAAACGGAAUGGAGAGUACUGCACGCCACACCGGGUUACCACUGCUCUCGAGAGGGCAUUUUGUACUGCAACGAGAGGCUGCAGAGCUGUUGUCGCAGUCAUUGCUGCUUCAAGAUACAGCUACCUCGAGGGGAUAAUUGCAAACGGAAUGGAGAGUACUGCACGCCACACCGGGUUACCACUGCUCUCGAGAGGGCAUUUUCUACCUCGAGGGGAUAAUUGCAAACGGAAUGGAGAGUACUGCACGCCACACCGGGUUACCACUGCUCUCGAGAGGGCAUUUUGUACUGCAACGAGAGGCUGCAGAGCUGUUGUCGCAGUCAUUGCUGCUUCAAGAUACAGCUACCUCGAGGGGAUAAUUGCAAACGGAAUGGAGAGUACUGCACGCCACACCGGGUUACCACUGCUCUCGAGAGGGCAUUUUCUACCUCGAGGGGAUAAUUGCAAACGGAAUGGAGAGUACUGCACGCCACACCGGGUUACCACUGCUCUCGAGAGGGCAUUUUGUACUGCAACGAGAGGCUGCAGAGCUGUUGUCGCAGUCAUUGCUGCUUCAAGAUACAGCUACCUCGAGGGGAUAAUUGCAAACGGAAUGGAGAGUACUGCACGCCACACCGGGUUACCACUGCUCUCGAGAGGGCAUUUUCUACCUCGAGGGGAUAAUUGCAAACGGAAUGGAGAGUACUGCACGCCACACCGGGUUACCACUGCUCUCGAGAGGGCAUUUUGUACUGCAACGAGAGGCUGCAGAGCUGUUGUCGCAGUCAUUGCUGCUUCAAGAUACAGCUACCUCGAGGGGAUAAUUGCAAACGGAAUGGAGAGUACUGCACGCCACACCGGGUUACCACUGCUCUCGAGAGGGCAUUUUCUACCUCGAGGGGAUAAUUGCAAACGGAAUGGAGAGUACUGCACGCCACACCGGGUUACCACUGCUCUCGAGAGGGCAUUUUGUACUGCAACGAGAGGCUGCAGAGCUGUUGUCGCAGUCAUUGCUGCUUCAAGAUACAGCUACCUCGAGGGGAUAAUUGCAAACGGAAUGGAGAGUACUGCACGCCACACCGGGUUACCACUGCUCUCGAGAGGGCAUCUUCUACCUCGAGGGGAUAAUUGCAAACGGAAUGGAGAGUACUGCACGCCACACCGGGUUACCACUGCUCUCGAGAGGGCAUUUUGUACUGUAACGAGAGGCUGCAGAGCUGUUGUCGCAGUCAUUGCUGCUUCAAGAUACAGCUACCUCGAGGGGAUAAUUGCAAACGGAAUGGAGAGUACUGCACGCCACACCGGGUUCUACUGCUCUCGAGAGGGCAUUUUGUACUGCAACGAGAGGCUGCAGAGCUGUUGUCGCAGUCAUUGCUGCUUCAAGAUACAGCUACCUCGAGGGGAUAAUUGCAAACGGAAUGGAGAGUACUGCACGCCACACCGGCUUACCACUGCUCUCGAGAGGGCAUCUUGUACUGCAACGAGAGGCUGCAGAGCUGUUGUCGCAGUCAUUGCUGCUUCAAGAUACAGCUACCACGACGGGAUAAUUGCAAACGGGAUGGAGAGGGACUAUUAA